UAAUUACUUAAUGAUAUUUAAUAAACACAUACAAACAACAGUAAACAAAUAUAGUAUUUUUUACAGAGCUUAAUAAUAAAAUCAAAUAACAAAAUGACUCAAGAACGUGACGUUCACAAGAAAAUGUUUUAACAUCAACUUGUUAUCAUGAAUACAAUCUGCGACCGCGACAUUAGUCAAAAGCGAACGCUUUUGUUAAAGAACUAUGCCAACAAGAACAAAGAUAUGACUACGAUGUGAAGUAAGAAAAUAACUUAGUAAUGUCAAAGCUGGCCCGACCUCGCUCCCACUCUUAAUACAACGGUACUCGUGGUUAGCGGCUUGCCAGUCGACGCCAGCGCACUCUUCGGAGGUCCCUGCCCUCCUCGCUGUCGUUUCUUGCUACAUACCUCACGCGUUCACGCUCCUUGUACAUAAAUAACUAGUUUAAAUCGAAGAACAUAUUUCUAAAUUUAAAAAUAUAUAUUUUUCAAUUUAUUUGUGUCCAUUCGUUCGACUUCAGAGGUGUGUGAGGAAACUUUUAAUGUGAACCAUUACUGUACGCGGUGGUGUGUAAGGAAACUUUUAUCAAUACAGCUUUUGCCAGCUUUCAACGUUUUGAGAGUUAAAUGUGAUUUGUGAAAUGUUGCGAAUUAUGGAGAUUCUUCGUUUUAGUACCGGCAAGGUGAUUUUUUAUCGUGUUUGAAGCGAUAAAGUGAAUUUUUAUGAGUUAUUGAACGUGCGUCAGUUUGUGUGUACUUAAAUUUUUGGCAGUAACUUUCAAGAUCAUGUUGCUGUUGCUACUUCUAUGUUUACUUCCGUACAUCGCCACCCAACAACAAUGGGUGCCUUGUUCAGAGUUGAACGACGACUUACGCUACCCCUGUCGGUGUCGAGUGCAAGUUGACAGAGCCCUCCAGUUGAGAAUCUUGAUGAAUUGUGACCGAGUGGUCUUUGCUGGAGACUUCCCGACUUUGCCAUAUGGCGCUCCUAUUAUUUCCUUCAGUCAACGUUGGGCUGGACAACAGACGCUGCCGAUGCAGAUAUUCUCCACGUACGGGCUGCCUUUACGCGAGCUAGAUUUCUCUCACAACAGUCUACGACGCUUGCCAGAUCGUCUCCUAGCUGCCGUCCGGGGAAACCUGACCAAGUUGGCAUUAGCUGAUAAUCUACUCGGUGACAACUUGAAUCCUAUAUUCUCGACUGCAGAACUCCACAAUUUGCCCGCUUUAGAAGAAUUGGAUCUUAGCGGCAAUAGCAUACGAGGGAUCGAAGAGGGCUUGUUAAUCGGAUGUGAUGUUCUACAGGUACUCCGCCUUGAUCGUAACAACAUAAACUUCAUUCCGUCCUCUUCGCUGAACGGGCCACAAUCAUUGAGAGUCCUUUCGCUUCAGGAAAAUAAAAUAGCUUUGUUGCGUCAAGCAUCGUUUGUUUCACAAAAGUCAUUAGAAGAGAUUAACUUACAUGGAAACAUGAUAUCGACUAUUGAAGGAGGGGCAUUUCUAGGCUUAAAAGACCUGCAAAUUCUAGAUCUAGGCCGCAACAGACUGUCUAAGUUCAAUAGUGACGUGUUUCAAGGCGCUGAAAACUUGGAGAAGCUGGACUUGUCUGAGAACUUUAUAAACGAUUUCCCCACCGUGGCCAUCAAAACGUUUGGCGGCUUAAGUCAUUUGAAUUUGUCUAGUAAUAUGAUUUCCAACAUCGACAAUAGCCACCUAAAUUCGCUGUCAUCGUUACAAGUUUUGGACUUAAGCCGGAAUAAUUUGGUUAAGCUCACCCCGGGAACAUUUGUAGGACUGACUGAAUUGAGUUACUUGGACAUCGGAGUGAACUCUUUACGAACUGUCGAAGAUAAUGCCUUCGAUGGACUGACAAGUCUUAAAACUCUUCUCUUGCGAGACAACAACAUUCUGCUGAUCCCUGCUACUGCACUGUCACGUUUGCCAAAUCUAGUUUCAGUGCAUCUAGGAUUUAACAGAGUAACGGCUCUAUCAAACGAUAUACUUAGAUCGGUUUCAGAUAGAGUGACUUCUUUAGUUUUGUCAAGAAAUGUUAUACGAGAACUACCGACGGCAGCAUUUGAUCAUUUCAAAAUGUUAAGGCACUUGGAUUUGUCAGGAAAUUUACUGAAUACGAUUGCUGCUGAAGUAUUCGAUGGAUUGGAACAAUCGCUACAGUUUCUGUCUUUAAGCCAAAACAGAAUUCUAGGAUUCACUGGACAACAACUAAAGUUUGUGAGCCUUUGGUUUCUAGAUAUUUCUGGCAAUCAGAUAUCAAAUGUACCUGUCGAGGCUUUUGAGUCUAUACCGAGUUUGACACAUUUAAAUAUGAGCCGUAAUCAGCAUAUUAACGUUUUACCUCAAAACUUAUUCCAACACAAUCAAGCAUUAUUGACUAUUGAUUUAAGCUAUAAUGGAUUAAAAGCUCUCCCCGUGAAUUUAUUCUCCAAAAAUUUUAACUUACAGCAAAUACAUUUAUCAAAUAAUCUUCUGCAAGAAAUUUCUGAGAACACCUUUAAGAAUCUUCGAAAUUUGACACAUCUAGAUCUGUCAUAUAAUAAUAUUGUCAAUUUAAGAACACCAUCGUUUGUCAAUGUGAUGUCUAUACAAUAUUUGUCACUCAAAGGUAAUCAGUUAAGCGCUUUUAAGGGAGAAUUUUUCAACACAGGAACAAGUCUAGAAGUAAUCGAUCUUUCAGACAAUCAGCUUAGCUACUUGUUUCCCUCUGCCUUCAAAAUACACCCUCGUUUGCGAGAAAUCAAACUUGCAAACAAUAAGUUCAACUUUUUCCCGUCGGAACUUAUAAGUACUUUGCAGUAUUUAGAAUUAGUUGAUUUAUCUGGAAACGCUUUGAAAAAUGUCGAUGAGCUUGAUUUUGCUCGCCUUCCAAAACUGAGGACAAUUUUACUAGCAAGAAAUGAAUUGGAAACAGUUAGCGAAAUGGCUUUCCAUAACUCGUCGCAAAUACAACAAUUAGAUUUGUCUCAGAAUAAAAUCGACCGCUUGGGAGAUCGACUUUUUGAAGGACUAAUAAGAUUAGAAACUUUAAACUUAGCAGGGAAUAUGCUUGCUGAACUACCUGAUAGUAUUUUUGAAAGGAAUCGUUUACAUAUGCUCGAAAAUAUAAAUCUAAGUGGAAAUUUGUUCGAACAUCCACCCCUGAAAGCUUUACAGAAGCAAUACUUCUUUGUUUCUGCUGUAGAUUUGUCACACAACAAAAUAGUUGACAUACCAGCCGAAGACAGUGUUUUGGUAAACAUAAAGAAAUUAGAUUUGUCUUUUAAUCCUUUAUCACAAAAAUCGAUCGAUAGUGUGCUCAACGAACCGAAAACUGUUCGCGAACUAAAUUUGGCUGGCACGGGAAUUCAAACUCUGGGACAACUUGAGACUCCAUUUUUGUGCAGUUUAAAUUUGUCUUUUAAUAACGUUACAAAUUUGUCUGAUAAAACGUUUUCAAGAACUACACUAUUGGAAUCUUUGGAUCUGUCUCACAAUCAAAUAUCAGAUGUAUCGGGUUCUCUGGCGGUGUCAUGGCCUAAACUGAAGAAUUUACAGAGACUAAACAUUUCUAAUAACCCCAUAGUCAUGAUCAUGGACGGAAAUUUUGAGGGUCUAACGUCGCUGCGUGUGUUAAAUAUGAAUAAUCUAGACAAAUGCACAAGAAUUGAAAAAAAUGCCUUUAGAUCUCUUCCAAACCUCAUUGAAUUAAGGGCUUUUGGCUAUCCAAGACUUGGCUAUUUUGAUGUUCAAGGCACUUUGCAAUAUUUAUUUGCACUAGAAAAAUUAGAUGUUGAACUGAAAGACACAAAUAUUGGGCCAGAUCAGCUACACUCUACGUUACAUCCUCGUCUCGAAGAAUUGGGCAUUAGAGGAUCUCGAUUAAAAACAGUGUCUUCGGGUGUGUUAGCUGGUUUAAAAGCUCCAGCUAUAGUAGUUAGACUCCGUAAUACUUCUGUAUCAACAUUACCACCUGCUUUGCUAUUUCCUCUACCGAGGUCAUCGCAAAUAACAAUUGAUGUUGGCGGCAGUCAAUUAGAGACUUUACAACCUCAGUUGCUGGUGGCACUCGACGAUCGACGUGCAGAUCUAUCGAUGUUGGGUUUGGAUACCAAUCCUAUCAGAUGUGACUGCAAUGCUCGGGCUUUGAGACGAUGGCUACCAAAUGUUGGAAUUGAUAAUAUUCGCUGUCAGUCACCAGACUAUUUAUCUGGAUAUUUACUUGUUGAAAUAGGAGACGAUGAACUAACUUGUGACUCAAAACGCCGAACAACAGCCACAUCAACUUCAAGUGUUUCAACAACAUCUCCACCACGUUUAGUUCACCGCACAUCUUCUGAACCAGAUAUUAUAUGGUCAGUAGCUCCAUCUCACGAUAGACCAAAGAUAUCCGGAGAACCGAAAGGCGCUCCUGUUAUCGGUGUUGCAACGGCGUCGAACGAUGACAAUCUCAUAAUUGGAAUAGUUAGUGGUGUCGUUGCUUUUAUAGCUAUUUUAAUAGUAGCCAUUUGUAUUAUAAGAUUAAAGAUGACUACAACAUCAUACAGAGGUGGACCACUAGCUAAUAGCCCAACAGGCGGUGCGCCAGCAGUAUGGGGUCCACCUUGGCCCGGUUAUACCGGCACAAUGCCACCAGCCUCUCUAUCAACAGCAACAUUGCCUCAUAAGGUUCAACCAGGACCGGGUUCUGUUAGGUACAUUGCGCCUCCACCUCCUGGACCAGCACCGUAUUUCAUAAGCUUGCCUCCUCAUGAAGAUAAAAUCUAUCGAUAACGAAUUUAAUAUACUGUGUUAGCAAUUAGACUGUGUAAAUAUCAGAAUGGUUUAAAGAAUUAUUGGUUUUUUAAUUUUUACAUUGCAAAGCUAGGUUUUUGUCUAUCUAGUCGCCAGUGAAAAAUUGAGAUUCCAAUAAAUAAAACUGAGUAUGUACUUAAUAUGCAAUGGGUUGUGGUUACGUUCUUGUAUAACUGUGACAUCUUAUAAUUUAUUUGUAACUUUCUUAGAAUUUCUUUAUAAAUGAUAAAGUAAGCAUAAGCAUUUGUAUUAAAAUAGAAUUUAGUAACAUAAA